UUAUUCCACUCUGGCGCGGCUGAGAGCUCCGCACCACUUUCCAUCUCCUCCCUCCGCACUGCGAUUCCGCGAGGUGACGGUUCCUCCAGCGGACACUUAACCACAGUCCUCCUCCUCCCUACUCUCCCUCCACCACUUCUCCUUCUUCUUCUUCCUCCUUCUCCUGCUUCACCUGGACCGGAGCGCGCGCCUCGGACACGCCUGGAGACGUGUUUGCGAGGAGUCUCGUGCCAGACGACAAAUGCGCGAGACCCGCGGCAGGUGCCCCGAGACCCGCCGGGCAGGGAGACGAGCAGACGAGCCGUGAUGGGACAGUUUUCGGGAGGAUGCUACCUGAGUUUUUCCGUCCUCGUGCUCCUCGGCUUGCGAGUCCCGGCCACGCUGGCGAGAGGUCCUCGCGGUGAAGCCCUGCAGCAUGGCCAGUCCGGGACUCUGCCCCACUUCCUGGAGGAGCCGGUCGACGCCUACAUCGUCAAGAGCAACCCCAUCAAGCUGCGGUGUCAGGCUCGACCUGCGCUCCAGAUUUUCUUCAAGUGCAACGGUGAAUGGGUCCACCAGAGCCAGCACAUGUCUCAGGAGCACACCGACCUCAACACAGGACUGAAGAUCCGCGAGGUGAUGAUCAACGUGUCCCGUCAGCAGGUGGAGGACUUUCACGGCCCCGAGGAUUACUGGUGUCUGUGCGUCGCCUGGAGUCACCUGGGUACCUCCAAGAGCCGCAAGGCAACCGUCCGGAUCGCCUACCUGAGGAAGAACUUUGAGCAGGAUCCCCAGGGCACCGAGGUGCCUCUGAACGGCAUGAUCGUGUUGCACUGUCGGCCCCCAGAGGGAGUGCCUGUGGCUGAGGUGGAAUGGCUGAAGAACGAGGAGCCUCUGAGCGCCGCCGAGGAGAGCUCGGUCGCCACGAGAGGCGACCACAACCUCAUCAUCGCAGAGGCUCGGCUGUCCGACUCUGGAAACUACACCUGCGCCGCCAGCAACAUCGUGGCCAGGAGACGCAGCGCCACCGCCACCGUCAUCGUGUACGUAAACGGAGGCUGGUCGUCCUGGACGGACUGGUCGCCCUGCAACGUGCGCUGCGGCCGCGGCAUCCAGAAGCGCUCGCGCACCUGCACCAACCCGGCUCCCCUGAACGGAGGAGCCUUCUGCGAGGGCAUGUCGGUGCAGAAGAGCACCUGCAACACCGUGUGUCCAGUGGACGGCGGCUGGGGAGAGUGGGGCGAGUGGUCGCCGUGCAGUCCGGACUGCGAGCGGCAGCGUAGCCGCGAGUGCACGGCGCCGGAGCCCAAGCACGGCGGCCGGCUGUGCGACGGCGUGGCGGUGGCCGCGGACAACUGCACCGGCGGCCUCUGCACACAGAAUCGGAAGCUGCUGCAUGACGUGAAGCCGCAGGGGGUGGAGACCAGCAGCGAUGUGGCCCUGUACGCCGGCCUGGCUGCAGGCGUGGUGACGGUGGUGCUGCUGAUCAUCGCCGUCACUCUGUACCGACGGAGCCAGAGCGAGUACGGCGUGGAUGUGAUCGACUCCUCCGCCCUCACCGGGGGCUUCCAGUCCUUCAGCUUCAAGACCUCUCGGCAAGCAAACCCUCUGCUUAUUAAUUCAUCCAUGCAACCCGACCUGACAGUGUCGCGUACCUACACCAGCCCGAUGUGCUUUCAGGACUCCAUCGACAAGGAGUUAAUGGCCGAGCGCUCGCUCCUCGACCCGCUGCCCGAUCUCAAGGUCAAAGGGGCCUCAGAAAGGGCAGAGUACCAUGUCAUGUCCCACCCUCAGACAUUUCCGAGAGGCCUGGCUCCAGACUACAGAGGGGUUCCAGUGGGGACGACGCUGGGCAGAAGAGGCAAAAACCUUUUCACUCCGCAAGUCUCCCUGACUCCCAGCAGGUCUCCGCACAAAGCCACUGCAGUGUUUGGCCAUGCUGGUGGGAGGCUGGUGGUGCCCAACACAGGUAUCAGUCUGCUGGUGCCUCACGGGGGGAUCGCGGAAGACACCACCUGGGAAAUGUACAUGAGCAUCAACCAGGAGGACAGCAGCGCCAUGUCCGAGGACGGGCCCGAGAUCUUCCUGAGCCCCGCCGUCACGUACGGCCCACCGGGCCUCGACCUGUCGUGUCCCAUAGCCAUGACCAUCGCGCACUGCGCAGAAGUAGCGGCUGAUAACUGGACCAUCCGGCUAAAGAGACAAAUCCAGGAGAACAAGUGGGAGGAAGUGGCGUCGGUGGGCGAGGAGAGCACCGCCUGCUACUGUCUGCUGGAGGCCCAGAGGUGCCACGUGCUGCUGGAGCAGCCCGGCCGCUACGCCCUGGUGGGGGAGCCGCUGUGCAAGGAGGCGGCCAAGCGGCUGAGACUGGCGGCGUUCGGCAGCCUGGAUCACGGCAACGCUCUGGGCUUCACCCUCAGGGUUUACUGUGUGGACGACACGCCUCACGCUUUCCAGGAAGUGGUGGUGGGCGAGCGCAGCAGGGGCGGACGGCUGCUGGAGGAGCCGAAAAUUAUGCUGUUUAGGGGAAACACUUUCAGCCUCCAGGUGUCCAUCCAGGACGUCCCACAGUUACUCUGGAGCAUCAAGCCUUUCACCACCUGCCAGGAGUUCUCCUUUUCUCAGGUGUGGGCCAGUAACCAGCGUCCCCUGCAGUGUGCCUUCUCUCUGGAGCGAUACAGCCACUCCUCCUCUCAGCUCUCCUGCAAGAUCAGCGUCCGGCAGGUCACGGGCGAGGAGCAGAUACUCCAAGUCUAUACGUCUGUAGUGGAGAAUGAAAAGACAGUGAUUCCCUUUUUCACUCAGUCGGACUGCACCAUCACCUCUCAGACGGGGUCAAGGGCCUUUAAAAUCCCCCUGUCUAUCCGUCAGCGGAUCAGCGCCACCUUCGACACCGCUAACGCCAACGGGAAGGACUGGCAGCUCCUGGCUCAAAAGCUCCACAUAGACAGGAACCUGUGCUACUUUGCAUGUCAGGAGAGUCCCUCAUCGGUGAUCCUGAGUCUGUGGGAAGCCCAGCACCAGGACUCGGGGGACCUGGACUCUCUGGCCAGCGCCCUGGAGGAAAUCGGUAAGGUCCAGUCCCCGCGGGCGGCCACCCUCAGCUGCAGCACAGAGAAGCGGGACUCUGAAUUUACAAAACUUGGGUAGGUUUUUACAGCAGAUCAAGUCGUGACGAACCUUUACUGCAUGGACACUGAGCAGGAAUAAAGAGUGAAGGACGGACCAGAAGGAGGACAGCAGGGAAAACUCCACUCUGGACUGUUACUAAACCAAAAGGCCCAUACAGAC